AACUCCCGGGAGAGCAUGGCCCACGAGGAGGACUCUAGGUGGACGCCCUGGCUCCCUGUCCUGGUGGUGUCCCUGAUGUGCUCAGCCAGAGCAGAGUACUCCAACUGUGGCGAGAAUGAGUACUACAACCAGACCACGGGGCUGUGCCACCAGUGUCCCCCCUGUGGGCCAGGGGAGGAGCCAUACAUGUCCUGUGGCUACGGCACCAAAGAUGAGGACUACGGCUGUGUGCCCUGCCCAGCAGAGAAGUUUUCCAAAGGAGGCUACCAGAUCUGCAGACGCCACAAAGACUGCGAGGGCUUCUUCCGGGCCACCGUGCUGACACCGGGGGACAUGGAAAAUGACGCCGAGUGUGGGCCAUGUCUCCCUGGCUACUACAUGUUGGAAAACAGACCCAGGAACAUCUACGGCAUGGUCUGCUACUCCUGCCUGCUGGCUCCCCCCAACACCAAGGAAUGUGUGGGAGCCACUUUGGGGGUUUCUGCCAACUCCCCCAGUACCUCUGGCGGCAGCACCCUGUCCCCCUUCCAACAUGCCCACAAAGAGCUUUCGGGCCAAGGACACCUGGCCACCGCCCUGAUCAUUGCCAUGUCCACCAUCUUCAUCAUGGCCAUCGCCAUCGUCCUCAUUAUCAUGUUCUACAUCAUGAAGACGAAGCCUUCAGCCCCAGCCUGCUGCACCAGCCCCCCAGGGAAGAGCGUGGAAGCCCCAGUGAGCAGGGACGAGGAGAAGAAGGAGGCCCCGGACAAUGUGGUGAUUUUCUCUGAGAAGGAUGAAUUUGAGAAGCUGACAGCGACUCCGGCAAAGACCACCAAGAGUGAGAACGACGCCUCCUCUGAGAACGAGCAGCUGCUGAGCCGGAGCGUGGACAGUGAUGAGGAGCCGGCCCCUGACAAGCAGGGCUCCCCGGAGCUGUGCCUGCUGUCGCUGGUGCACCUGGCCAGGGAGAAGUCUGCCACCAACAACAAGUCAGCCGGGAUCCAAAGCAGAAGGAAAAAAAUAUUGGAUGUGUAUGCCAAUGUGUGCGGUGUCGUCGAAGGUCUCAGCCCCACAGAGCUGCCGUUUGAUUGCCUCGAGAAGACAAGCCGAAUGCUCAGCUCCACAUACAACUCUGAGAAGGCUGUUGUGAAAACCUGGCGCCACCUUGCUGAAAGCUUUGGACUGAAGAGGGACGAGAUUGGGGGCAUGACAGAUGGCAUGCAGCUCUUCGACCGCAUCAGCACGGCGGGCUACAGCAUCCCAGAGCUGCUCACAAAACUGGUGCAGAUUGAGCGGCUGGAUGCUGUGGAGUCCUUGUGUGCAGACAUACUGGAGUGGGCCGGGGUGGUGCCACCCACCUCCCCACCCCCCACUGCGUCCUGAGGAGCAUGCUUCGGACUGUCCUCCC